CAGAUGUGAACGGGGAGAAGAUAGAACAUCCUCGCCCCGAGGUAAUCUAUUCUAACUUAAAUUAGAUUUGUCCUAACAUGUCUUUAGGCUUACGUCUGGGCGGUGGAUCUAUACGACGAGGAUGCAAUGGAUAACGAUUUGCUCUCUGCACUCCGUGCUAACCGAGUCGAUUCGUUUAAGGCCAAUACUAGGGGGCGCACGAUGGCAAUCCUGAUUAGAUGGUGGAGCAACGAGCUUUCUGAACAGGAAAGACAGCGCUACUCGAAGCCCAUUGCAGGGGUAAUUAUUGGGGCAUUAUUCCUCAUCAAUAUCUUGGUGAGGGGGGAUUUCUUUAGUCAGGCCGGCACCAAUGCGAAGGACCAAGAUCUUAUCCGCGAUAAGGAAGAGUGGAAUAAUUGUUUAAGAGCUCUCCGCGAAGCAGCGGACAUCAUUUCUAAGUGGGACUGGGAAACAAAGGUCGACGAUAUCAAUGAGUUUUUUGGGCAGUAUUUAUACCUUCAGCUUAGAUGCGCAGAUCCGGCGCGAUCUGGAGCAGUGGCAGGCAACGCACACAGAAAAUCCAGGCUUAUCGACUAAGCUGCCAGGCGAGAAAGAGCCCAACAGUGCAGAAAAGCAAAAAAAAAAAAAAAACAAUACAAAAACCUGCAAGAAUUGCAGAAGACGACC